UUGCCUUAUGCUGCCAAUUCAAUUUUCUCUAUCUUUGCUGCCAUGGGUGAAAUUCCAAUAGUCGAUUUUUGGAAUUGUGGACUUGAUGUUGAAGAGAUUAGUGAUGAAGACUGCACAAAAACAGGCGAGGCAAUUUACCAGGCAUUUGCAAAAAUUGGAUUUGUGUAUUUGGAGAAUACUGGAAUAACAAGGGAACAAAUUGAUGAGGUUGAUUCUACAAUGGAUGAAUUCUAUAAACUGGAUGCAUCAACUAAGGAAAUAUAUGCAAGAGAUGAAAGCAAUUUUGGAUAUAUUGAUUUUAAUGUAGAGAGCCUGAACCCAAAGAGACCAGGAGAUUACAAAGAAGCAUUCAAUGUAUAUUAUACCACUGAUAGGAAAUGGCCUGACGAACACGUCCCAAAGUUUUCUUCUAAAAUGAGGAAAUUUUGCGAGCUAUGUCGGAAAUUAUCUUUGAGAAUUAUCAAAGUUUUAACCAAAGGAAUGAAGAUUAAAGACUCUGACUAUCUGAUGAAAUGUCAUUCCAGGAUGAAUGGAAAAGAUAAUUUCACAACAUUGAGAUUUCUUCAUUAUCCUCCCAUUCCUGAUGAUGUUACACUGAAGCCUGGACAAUUACGACUCGGUGAACAUUGUGAUUAUGGAUCAUUUACGCUCUUAUUUCAAGAUAAUGUGGGAGGCUUGCAGGUUGAAGGUUAUGACGGGAAGUUUAUAGAAGCGGUUCCAAUUCCAGACACAGUUCUUGUUAAUAUCGGGGAUGUUUUGCAAUUUUGGACAGAAGGAAGACUCAAAUCAACCAAACACAGAGUGAUGGUACCAGAUAUCCAGUCUGCCAGGAAUGUACAGAGAAAAUCUUUUGGAUAUUUUGUUCAUCCAGAUCAUGAAGUUGUUUUAUCAGGAAUUGAAUAUGGAGCUUCAUGUCUGGAUCAUCAUGAAAGAAUUGAACCUGAAUAUGAAGAACCUGUUACAGCAUUUGGACAUACUAAUAAUAGAUUUCAAAGCAGUUACAUCAAUUGAGAACCUUUUAUUAUUUGCAAACUAAAGUGAUGAAAGUGCUCUCAGACAAUUCUAUUACAUCUAAUCAAGAUAUUAAAUAAUUUGAAGAUUGCAGAUUCUCCAACUAAUUUGAAGUCUUAAGGCCUUUUCUGUUUGUGACUAGGGUUGAUCCAUUUUUUAAAUCAUUAGAGUAAUACUUACCUGCUUCCAGUUGGGGUCUAGGUCAGGGCUACUCAACUAUUUUUAUCUAAGGUCCGCAUACAAAACUUCAAAAUUAUUUGGGUCCAGUAUUUUCAGAAAUUAUAUUUCCGCAUCGUUGAACGCGCACCUUCUCGGCUGGCUAAUGAUUAGUAGCUAAUAAAAAUGUCUUCAUCAUGGGGUUAUAGUUCUUUUCAUAUAUAUUCAAAACUAUGAAAGUGUUUUUAUGAAAAGAAACUGCAAAAGCGGGGCUAAUGAUUCAAAAUAAAGAAUUAGUUGCGGUCCGAAUCAAAUACUCGAAAGGUCCGGACAAGGACCGCGGUCCGCCAGUUGAGUAGCCCUGGCCUAGGUCCUUGUUUAAUAGAGCCAGGUCGUUAGAUUUUACAAAUUUCUUGGGAGUUAAAUUUUAAUGUCUGUGAGUAUGUCCUCGUCAUUUGAAUGAUUGUAUAGUUUUAUUUUCUUGCCUUCUUUGCCCUUUGGUGAGAUUUUCGAUUUAUUUGUUGUUCUGUCUAUGGCAUUUUUGUAUCAGUGUUUUGUAAUGUAGAAACCAAGGCUGGGAAGGGAGCUUGAGCGACCAGAAAUUUCGGUGGCUAUAGUUCCUAACCAUCUGAAUAUUUUUUGAUAUUUCUUAUUUUCUGACACCUAAAAAGAAUAAAAUUAAAGUAAAUUUUGCUAAGCCCAUAUUUUCGUUUCAAUUCUAAUAUUUUAAUAAAGAAGUUUUGAGUUACAUUUACAGUUUAAUUUCCAAAUAUGAAAUCGUUGUUUCACUUUUGAAAAAGUUGUUCGUGACUGUUUCUUAUUUGUGUUCAAGCUUAAAAACCUCGAUGGUUGUGGAGUCAGAGCUGGAGCUUUAUUUCGACAUAAAAAAAUUGAAGCUCUUCAGAUAAAGCUACAGUUAAAAUUUCCUGCGGCUCUGUAACUGGAACCACCAUGAUUUUGAACCAGCUCUCCAGCUCUGGUAGAAACUAUUUAUCACACUUAUAUAUUGCCUGCUACGUUGCUCAAUAUUGUUCAAUGUGCAAUUUGAUUGUUCAAUCAUUAGCCAUUAUCUGUUGCACUUUUAUGUUCUGCAAUAACAGAAUAAAGAGAAAGAAUCCGGAUGAGUAUACUUUGUCAUGUUAUUUUGACAUGUUUCAAGUUAAAUUUUAGCAAGUAACUAAUUAUUUUGACUGCACGCUACAAGUUGAAUCGAUUUAUAAUUAUUUUUCUUCGUAUCGAUUUGCACUAUAUUGCCCUUCAAUUCAUACAGUGAUGGCAGAAGCGUUGUGAAACUAUUGUCAAACUCAAAUAUACAUAUUGUCGUUUGUCAAAAACUAAAUCAGAAAA